AUGUCCGGCCCCCUUCCACAGUCCGGAACGGUACCACAGCCGUUGUUCCGUGCCGUGGCCAGCUCGACAAGACCGCUGUACCAGCUGCUGAGAACCAUCAGCUUUUCCAACAAGGUCCAUGUACAACUACAAGAAGAUGGCAUCAGGUUCGCAGCUGACCUGUCCAGGGUCAUGCAAGGUACUGCCUUCCUCGACAAGAAGCUCUUCACCUCGUACGCUUUGAAUAUCGGCCAAGACGAUGAUGUUCUUCCAAACUUUCAGAUCACUCUUCCAGCCCUCCUCGAAACACUUCAGAUCUUUGGUGCAGUGGACGUUGCCACACGUACACAAAAGGCCGAGCAGGACCCAUACCGCAGCAACCUCCGCAACUACCGACCAGAUGCGUUUAGUAACCAGACUCUGGGAAUCGGAGGAACCUGCAGUCUUGUGUAUAUCGAGGAGGGUGGGCAGUUCAACAUUGUGAUUGAGGAAGGUGGGGUCAAAACCACUGCCGGCCUUACGACCUAUCUGCCGGAAAUCCCAGAGGAGAUACCUUUUGACAGAGAAAACCUGUCUUUCAAAAUCAUCAUGCAAGCGCGCUACCUUCUCGACGCCCUAGCGGAACUGGCCCCCAUUGGGCCCAGUCGUCUUACUAUCACGGCCUCGAAAACACAGCCCUAUCUUACCCUUUUCGGUGCUGGUGACCUCGGCUCGUCCAGUGUGGACUUUGCUAAAGGCCGCGAGCUGCUCGAGACCUUCUCGAUCCAGGAUCGGUGGACCCAGACUUACAAAUUCGAUCUGAUCAAGUCUUCGAGCGAGGCGAUGCGGAUCGCUAGCAAAAUUAGUUUCCGCGGCGACGCCCAGGGCGUUUUAAGCUUGCAGUUCAUGGUGGAAGUGGAAGGCGGCGGAGUCAGCUUUUUGGACUUUCGGUUCGUGCCUUAUAUCAAGCACGAGGAUGACGAGGACGAGCAGAACCAGGACGAGUAUGAGUGA